AUGUCUUCCAGUUCGGCUUCUCUUUUACUUUUCCUUCUUCUUGCUGGGCCUUGCAGCACAUCAGCGCUGGGUGCUGGCAGAGUAAAAGGAGGAAUGGAGGGACGUGUCAAGUCAGAGGGCAGGGGUCGAUCAGGGCUCAAGGACAAAGGCGGAGACAGGACAAGUACAGCUAGUAACAGUGAAACAGGACUGGGAAAAGCGCAUCCUCCCAAACCAGGAACGGCUGUGAAUGAUGAUGGUGAAGGAUGGGGAGAGUUUGGCGCUACAACUAACUCUAGGUCAACUUUUUCAAUCAGUGAUGGUGGACUGUGGGAGCCCCACAGCUCCUCUCGCUGCGUGCCCAUCCCGUCGGGCAUGGCCUUGUGCCAAAACAUCGGCUACGAAAGCAUGAGGAUGCCCAACCUGCUUGGUCACGAGUCUCCAGCUGAGGCUGUGCAGCAGAGUGCCAGUUGGCUGCCACUACUUGCCAGAGAGUGCCACCCUGAUGCCCGCAUCUUCCUCUGCUCUCUCUUUGCUCCCAUCUGCCUUGACAGAAGUUUGUGUGAAUCUGUGCGGGACAGCUGCGCCCCAAUCAUGAGUUGCUAUGGCUACCCGUGGCCUGAAAUUCUGCGGUGUGAUCAGUAUCCUGCGGACCAUCUCAUGUGCAUCUCCUCCAUAACAAACACCUCUGCUCACACAGGGGGGCGCAGAGUGCCCCAGGCCAGCUGCCGGGAUUGUGAGCUGGAGAGGGCCUCUUCUUCAAAAGAUACGCUGGAGAUCUUUUGUAGGAGCGAUUUUGUUGUGAAACUACGUCUAACGAGGCUCAAAUACAGCCCAGUAAGUCUAUCUCAAUUCUCAUUGGCUGGCGACCCAGAGGUCCUGAAGCAUGGACCCCUGUUAGGUGGACGGAUUCGCUCGAGCAUCGAGCUGUGGCUGGAGAGGGAUGCCACCUGUGUCAGGAACAUGACUCGGCGACAUCCACGAGGCAGCACUUUCUUAGUGACCGGGACGGUGCAGGGGGAGCGUCUGUUGGUCAACAAGGCUUAUGCCUGGCAGCGACAGGACAAGAACCUAAUGGCAGCUGCACGCAAAUGGAAACGUCACAGAUGCAGGAACUAA